AUGAACGCUGACCAUCCAAUCACACCAGGAACCAAGAUCGUCGCGCAGAGCCCGCCGGGAUGCAUCGUCCCCGUGCCGGGCGUCGACAAGCCAACGCUCUUUGACUUUGACCUGCUGCGCUCCUACAUCAUCCCGCGCAACGCCUUCUUCAACCGCUACGUGACCGUCGUCGACCCGGCCCAGCGCUACGCGGUGCUGGGGCUGCCCGUCGCCAUCCCCAACGCAAAGUAUCACCGCAAUGAGUUCAUCUUCAACUUUGGCGUCGUCAUCGGCGCCGACGUCGUCGACCAGCUGCCCUAUGAGCGCGUCGUGCGGCGCCUCGCGGCCACGUUUGCCGAGAUGGAGAAGCAGAACGAGUACCUCAGCCAGGAGGAGGACGGCAAGGGCCGGCGCGCCGGGCGUCUCGGGAGCGGCGCCGGCAUCGGGGACGGGAGGAGGCCGAUCGAGAGUCUGCUCGAGAUCGUCAAAGAGGACCUGAACAACUAUGGCGAGUGCAUGAUUCCCGUUGACGACGCCAACACCAUCAACAUGAAGCUCUUCCCGCACCACCCGACCCCGCCGCAGGUCCGCGGCUGGCACGUCCCCGUGGCCAAGACCAAGUUCGCCGACGUCGUCGACCCGACCUGGGACCUAACGCUGCAAAAGGUCAUCGCCCACAUCGACGGCGUCUCGGACGUGCGCCGCAUCGCCUUCGAGGCCGACGUCUCGCUCGACCUCGCGCAGGCCGCCCUGCGCCACCUGCUCUACUACGACGCCGUCCUGCUGCUCGACAUGUUCUUCUUCGGCUCGUGCUACGCCCCGCGGCCCGGCGUGCACGCCUUCGUCGCCAACGCGGGCGGCAUCGUCGACGAGUGCGCGAGCUACGUCUGCAUCCACAGCGGCCAGCGCGUCAGCAACUUCGACCUCGUGCGCCUCAUGGCGAGCUUCUGCGCCGGCCGCACCGUGCUCGAGUGGCUCAAGGGCCACAUGGACGCCGGCUUCGAGGUCCUGCGCUACGUCGACGUGCGCCGCCUCGUCCAGUUCGGCGUCAUCAAGGGCUGCCUGUACCGCGUCCACAAGUACGUCGUCUCCAAGCAGUACCUGGCGGCGCUGGCCACGGGCCAGGCGCGGCCCAAGGCCGGCGGCGACCCGCUGCAGAAGUACACCGACGGCUGCCACAGCUUUGACCAGAUCAUCACCGAGCAGAACCUCACGGACGGGGAGAUCAUCGAUAAGCUAAAGAGUUUUCCAGCGCCGUCGGGCGACUUGAUUGUAUUUUACAAGUAA